UGAUUAUCAAGUCAGGGCCUUCUCCGCGACCCCUCGCCUGGUCGCUGGAGGUCUCACCAUCCGAGGAUGGAGACGACUGGAGGAUGAUCAGAGCAUUUGGAGACAGGGACCACUGUCGUAAGCUCUGGGACCUUAGGCCUGAGAGAAGACGUCGGAAGGCCAGAGCAGCGAAGAGAACGAGUAGAGCUGAUAAACCUGCCUGUUCUACGCAAUUUGCUAGUCCGAGGCCGCUUGAAAAUGGAGAGAUGCAUGUUGGUGUGGGUGAGGGCGUGGUUGCGCGUCGUGUGCGUUUGUCGUUCCGCGCUGCGCACGCGUCGUCCGCGAAACAACAGUACUACACAGUGCGCGCCCUCACUAUCGCUGCGCGGUGUCUGUGCCAUGGACACGCCACUAAAUGUGAAGUAAAUGCCCAGGGUGCAAAAUGUGAAUGUGAGCACGGUACCUGCGGGGCUCACUGCCAGCGGUGCUGCUCCGGAGGGUCCUGGUCUCCUCACGAACCGUGUGAUGAUGGAGAGGAGAAGGCUGAAUGUUCCUGUGGCGAGCGUGGGGCCUGCUCCUAUGAUGAUACAGGCGCCAUACUUUGUGUCAAUUGCACGGUAAUUUCUAGUUCUAUUUAA